AUGGCAGCAGCGUCAUCAGCCUCUGGUGCCGCCGCGCUGCCGCGUGGCGCGAGCGCGCGCCCCGCCAUCGGCCGUGCGGCUCGCGCCGAUCUCAUCGCCGCGAGCGCUAGCGCGUCGCCCGUGCCGACUGCCGACGCGGCGCGCGGCCUCCGCACGGCGUGGGGAGUGUGUGGGUUUCUGGGCAUCCUGGCGCAGGCGAUAGGGCGGCUCGCGCCGAUUGCGAUGCAGCCGAUCCUGCAGCGCGACAUCACCAUGCUGCAGUGGGGACUGUACGGCGGCACGAUGGCCUUCUUCGCGUACACUGAGGGGUACAAGGCGUUCCAGUGCAAGUUCUCGCCCCUGGUCGUGCAGCGUGCCAUGACCCUCAGCACGCGCUCGCCGCCGCCGCCGCUGCUGCACUCGGCGCUCGCGCCCUUCUACUCGAUGGGGCUCUUCCACGCGUCGAAGAAGCGAAAGACGGUGUCGUGGUCCAUCUCGCUCGGCGUCGCCUGCAUCAUCGGCCUCGUCAAGCGCCUCCCCUACCCGUGGCGCUCGGUUGUCGACGCCGGCGUCUGCACCGGCCUGCUCUGGGGCGGCACCUCGAUCGGCGUCAUCUACCUCCGCGCCCUCGCGGGCAAGAGCCCCGGAGUCGACCCCGAACUACCAAAGGAGGACAAGUAA